AUGACCGGACGAGAGGAUGCCGCGGACGAGAAACCCAAAGUCAAGAUUCUGACUCCCUCGUUUGGGAUCGACAAAGCGAGACUUAACGCCUCGGGAUUUAGAUCUAAGGGCUUUGCCAUCACCGACCUGCUGGGUCUAGAAUCAGAACUUCAGCCCCACCAGACUGGGCCUGGAAGUGGCGGCAACAGUGAGGGUCCCAGCCCUGGGAUGGGAGGCUUCUCUUUCGCCGGCGGUUCCUUGCCUCUUGGCCUGGGAUUCCUCUGCAGUUUGGCGGCUCAACAACCACCUGGAGCCCCGUGUUUUCUGCCAAGCCAUAUACCCCUUCUUCAAUCGAGGACAGAGAGUCACUUCAUGCAGAACUUGGAGCAGCAGAGAGACGCUUAUUCCGAUGACGAGUGUCUGUCUGGAGAUAGAAACGAUGGCAAAAACUCAGGAAACUCUCAGAAAAGGAAGAAAAGGAGACACAGGACCGUUUUCACAUCCCAUCAACUGGAAGAGCUGGAGAAGGCUUUCCAAGAGGCGCACUACCCAGAUGUUUACGCGCGGGAAAUGUUGGCAAUGAAGACAGAAUUGCCAGAGGACAGGAUACAGGUGUGGUUCCAAAACCGUCGCGCCAAGUGGAGGAAGCGGGAAAAGUGCUGGGGCCGCAGCAGCGUGAUGGCAGAGUACGGCCUGUACGGUGCCAUGGUGCGCCAUUCCAUCCCCUUACCGGAAUCUAUCAUCAACUCCGCCAAAAGCGGCAUGAUGGGCUCGUGCGCUCCCUGGCUUCUAGGAAUGCACAAAAAGUCGAUGGAGAUUACAAAGAAGUCUCCGGGCUCGCCUGAAUCAACUCACUCGGAUUCCUACAGCGAGGACGCAAAGGCGAAGGACAGCGACAUGUCCUGGUCAAACAGGGCCAGUGCAGCGGACGAUAUGGAGGACAUGGCUAUUGACCUAUCCAGCAGUUCGAAACAGGACAGCAAGAGCACUUUGAAAUCUUCACCUCGGAUACAUGACACCAGCAGCGAGUCUUAUGGAAGGUCGCAAUCCAACAGUGACUCCGAAAACGACAGUUAAAACUGUUCACAAAUGAAUUCCUAAAAAAAGAGACUCAAAUAGAGCAAUAUCAACCUGAGGACUAAUUUAUUGAAAGCUCUGGGCAGAUGCU